AUGACUUCAAAAAACGGUUCGAUAUCUGUCUCUGUAGCCCUGGCCACGGAAAAGGCGAAGGGAGACUACGUUGGUCCGGCACUUGCCACUUUCCCAGAUGUCCACCCGGACCCAUCAACGAUCCGUUUCCAGCUGUACAAUCACAAAUCGAACGAGAAAGCACCAACCCUGCUCCUUGGGGAGACAGACGAGCGCGAGUUCCAGUCCGAGAACCAGACCGACCAGGCCCAUUGCACAUACAUGCUGGGAGUACACCACGCCAGUGCCGGAAAAUUGACCCUCUUCCCGACCCAACUCUACCAUCUACGUCCGGUCGUCAAACAGCUGAGGGACGCGGAUGAGAAGCGAGUUUCCGAACAGCCGACGGAUAACUAUGCGGCUCGAAGCACACUCGGCACGACUUUUGGGACGAAGAAAGCGCGGCGGGCAAUCCAGGCUGCCGCACGGAACAAGGUGGAUCCGGAGACGAUGACUCAUCUCGAACGGCAGAUCACGACGGCCAUCGCCGAGGACUCAAGCUGCUUGCCCUCUGCGGCCGUCCAAGCCCAAGAGAUCGACGCCAAUCGCCCGAUCCCGGCCUACAACAUCAACGCCACCGAGCCCAAAGACAUCUACUUGCUCUCGGACGUCGUCACCAAUGCCGAGCUCAACUCGAUUCCUUUGGGCCCGAUCCUCAAUGCCCGUACUGCUCAAGAAGCUGCGCGUCUCUUGCCCUCGUCGCACUCCAGUUUCACGAUGAUCAGACUCGAGGCGCUGUGGAAACGCUGUCCGGAUGGCAAGCUCGACAAGAAAGACACCAAACGACUGCGCAUCCUAGUCUACAUCAACUACCUGAUCACCAUCCGGCGCCACCACAAGCUCACCGCCGAUUCCCUUGCCCGCAGGCUUGGUCUCGACAAAGACUCGCCGGCCAUCGUCGACGGUAUCCUCGCCCGAUUCACGGAAACCGUCAAGCAGACCGACGGGUCUUUGAAACACAAUCUGACCUCCUUCUCGACCAUCAAGCUGUAUUCAUAUAUCGCCGUCCUAAGUUUGAUCCACGACGACUUCAUGACUCGGGUGAUAGGGCUGCCGGAAGACCUACAAGAACCGGCAUCAAGUAUCAACGACAUCUUCCUGAAUGUGGGGUGCAAGAUGUCCAAGCUUACGCUGGCUGAAUUCGAGGCCCUGGACCAGGGCCCAAUAAGCAUGGAUGCGAAGGAAUCCAACGCCCAGCGGACGAUCGCCAAGCUCGUCGUCCCCCUUGUCUUCCCGCCGCCAAAGAUCCGGAAACGACGCGCCAAGGCUGCAUGA